UAUUUUUGAGUGGAAAACAUUCAGUUUAGUUUAUUAUUGAUUUUUUUUUUUAUUUAAAUAAAAUACAGAAUCAUGUCACUCCUUCUGACGUUGGUGCUGACUUUCAACAUUUUCUUAUCGAUUGCCGGCAAUCCAAUCGAUUUCACCGCCGCCGACGACGAGCUUUUUGAACGUGCCUUGCUUCUCAACGCCUUGGAGACCGAAACUUUUGCCGAUGUCGAACCAGCUGAAUAUCGCCUAAAAACGACAAUUUAUCCGAGUUUGUAUCAAAUUGAGCUCGAACCGUUUUUGGAUGUUGUCUCGGGGAACGAAAAGCCUUUUUCCUUCAAGGGAAACGUAAAAAUCACGCUAAAAGCCAACAAAACAGGAGAAAAAGAAAUCGAACUGCAUGCCAGAAAUUUGGUUAUUUCAAAAAUCACGUUGAAAGAUGACAAAGCAGCAAAUGUUGAAAUUGAUCAAUUCACAUUCCAAAAUGAGACGGAAAAAGUAAAAAUUCCCGUAAAAUCCGAAUUGAAGACAAACGUCGAUUAUCUUUUGGAAAUCGACUACACAGGAACGCUCGAUGACUCAAUGAAAGGCUUUUAUCGCAGUCAUUACAACGAAAACGGGAAAAAAGUUUGGUUGGCAUCGACGCAAUUUCAAUCAACGGACUUCCGUCGAGCAGUGCCAUCUUUCGAUGAGCCCCAUUUCAAGGCCAAAUUUCAAGUGAACAUUAUCCGACCGCAGGGAUACAAGCUUUCAAUCUCAAACACGAUGCUGGAAAGGCAAGAACCCAUCGCAGAAACGUCAAAAGUGAAGGAAAUUUUCAAAACGACACCCGUUAUGAGCACUUAUUUGAUGGCUUUUAUCGUCCAAAUGUUCAAUGGCAAGCAAACAACUGACAAAAGUUACGGAGUAUGGGCUCGACCUGAAGCUGAGAGUCAAUUGGCGUACUCGUUUUCGGUUGGAGAGAAGCUUCUCAAGGAGAUGGGCACGUGGAUCGACUAUCCCUUCAAUAAAGUGCCGGAAAUUCAGAAGCUUGACAUGAUCGCAGUGCCAGAUUUUAGUGCUGGCGCCAUGGAGAACUGGGGAGCCAUGACCUAUCGCGAAGCAAACCUCUUAUGGGACGAAAAAGAGUCCAGCGUUCGUAACAAACAAAGUAUCGGAGCUGUUCUCACACACGAAAUUGCUCAUUUAUGGUUUGGCGAUCUCGUGACGUGCGAUUGGUGGGGCGUCACGUGGUUAAAUGAAGGAUUCGCUCGUUACUUCCAAACCUUCGGUACACAUCUCGUGGAAAAAGACUGGAAUUUACCCGAACAAUUUGUCGUUGAUCAAUUGCAUGGAGCUUUGUCCUCAGAUUCUGUCACAAGCACACAUCCCCUGACAAACCCAAAUGUUUUCACGCCAAACCAAUGUGCCGCGAUGUUCAGCGGCGGCAUCACUUACAGCAAAGGAGCUUCCGUGAUUCGCAUGAUGGAACAUCACAUGAAGACUGCGACCUUUAAAUCAGCUCUUCGGAAGUAUAUCAAGGCACACGAAUACAAGACAGUUCAGCCCCAAAACCUGUUCGACGCCUUCAACAGUGAAGCUCCAACAGCAAAAGUCCAAGAAACGUUCGAAGCAUGGACCAAUCAAUCCGGAUAUCCAUAUCUUACGGUGACAUCUUUCGAAAAUAACACCGUCAAAGUCUCCCAAAAACGUUUCAUGUUGAACAACAAAGAUCACAGCGACAAAACACGUUGGUCUAUUCCCAUCACCUAUGCCAAUCGCGAAGAGCAUUUCAGUGAAACUGCCACUCGUUUGACUUAUCCAAACACGCAAACGACAGAUUUCAGCAUAAAAUUACCGGAAAAUGGAACUUUGGGCUUUUAUCUUCUUAAUGUUCAACAAGUUGGCUUCUAUCGCGUGAAUUAUGACGAAGAAAACUGGAAAAACAUCAGAACUGCAUUGAAAAGUGAGAAUCAUGGAAAGAUCCAUUUGUUGAAUCGCGCAAUGAUCGUCGAUGACUUGUUCAAUUUCGCGAGAAACGGAAUUUUGUCGUACGAUUUUGUGAUGUCGAUCGUGGAUUAUGUGAGAGAAGAGAAGAAUUAUAUUCCGUGGGUGCCGAUGUUCAAUGGAUUGUCCUAUUUGUCACGCAGAAUCGGAUUGAAUUCGGAUUAUGAGCGCUUCCGGAAACACAUUUUAUACUUAACUGAACCCUUGUACAAACACCUGGGCUUCGACGUGAAAUCAGGAGAAUCCCAUAUUGACACCUUAUCCCGCACAAAUCUCCUCAAUUGGAUGUGCAAACAUGGCCAUGAAGAGUGCAUCGCCAAAUCCAAGGAGGAAUUUAAGAAAUUGAUGACCAACGAUACUUAUUAUGUCAACGCCAAUAUUCGCAUUCCCGUGUAUUGCAAUGCAAUCCGCCAUGGAAAUAACACUGAAUAUGAAUUCUUAUGGAAGAAAUACAUGACCACAAAUGUUGCUGCUGAACAAAUUAACGUUCUUAACACUUUGGGAUGCACCAAGGAACAAAAAUUAAUCAACAAUUUAUUGGACAAAGUACUUACCGAGGACAUCAGAACGCAAGAUAAGAGUACCGCCUUUUCCAAUGCUUAUACCAGCAACCACGAAAACGUUGACUUAGUCUUCAAUUAUUUGACUGAAAACUGGCAAAAAUGGGAAAAAGUUAUGGGAUCCGUUGGCUCCGCAAUGAGUUCCUUAGCUGAUCGUUUCACCACCGAAGAACAAGUCAAAAAGAUGGAAGAUUUCGCCAAAACAUCCGGAUUGGGCGACAAUAACGUUCGUCUCAUCACAAAUGCCGCUGCAUCGGCUCGUACAAACUUCAAAUGGGACCAAGAGCGUCUCGGUGAAGUACGGGAAUACUUCAAAGUGCUUGAUAAUAAUUCCGCGACAAGCAUUUCUCUUAGUUUUAGUUUAAUUUUAGUGACUAUCGUAACUUUUUUCUAUAACAUGUAUUAAUAAAAAUUUAAAUUUAACGAAUAAACUCACAUGUGUGACGAAAAAAUUCAAAAAAUGAACGCGCGCCAAAAAAUGUUUACACUGAACAUUUCUCUCUCAAAAAGAGAAAUGAACCAAAAAUGAACGAAAUGUAAACUCUCCAAGAAUACGAAGGAUAUUUAUUUGUUCAUCUGCCAGUCUGUGUUGAGCGGUCGUAAAAUUUGGUCGACUUUUGUUGAAAAUCCGGUGUCUGCAAUAAAAAAAAAAUGCAAAUUAAAAUGUGUCACAAAGUAAAAAAAAAUUAAAUAUUUACAAACAAAAUUUUUGAAGUGUGAAUGUAAUAAAGGUUUCAUCAGUAAUAAUUAAAAAAAAAAUAAUAAAAAAUUUAAAAAAAAUAAAAUAAAUAAA